GUGUGUUGUCUCUUGUAGGCCCUAUGCGAUCAGACAGGCACACGUUACUUUAAAAAAAAAAAAAGUAGGCCUACAUGAUAUACUGUAAUAUACAUAUUUACUAUAACAACAUAGUUCUGAUGACAUAGGGAGGCCAUUCAGCUAUUCUUCGUGUACUUUGAAACUGGAGGCAAAUGUGAUAAGCUAAAAUGCCACGAUUGUUCAAAAAGACGCAAGAGAUGAUGGGCAGGUCCGUGGACAAUGACAUGAGAGUGCCCAAAGAAAUAAGUGCACUUCAGGAGGAGCUUCUAAAAACUGCUCUACCAGUGGAUGUUACCAUACGAGGAGUGAAACAAACAGGUAAGAUGAGUUUCUUUAUUUUUUAAUUGAACUUUAUAGAAAGAUGUAACAUAGGACAUUAGAAUAUCUACCUUUGUGUUUAUGUAUUCAAAGGGUUACCAGUAUUGUCCUGGAUUGGCCACGCUACCCCGGACAGUUUGAAUUACGUCCCGGCUCGUUUGAAAUACGCCCUUGUUUUAACAGGCCAGUUCUUAUGCAUACGCUGACUAUGCAGCCGUCUGUCUCACUCACGUUACCUUCCUCAUCCUGAAAUUUAUCAUUCUGAGUUGAAUUCGGAGACAGGGGAAGGGAAGCAGCAGGGGGAGCUUUGGGGGUGGCAGACAGGAAAUCGGGGGCUUGGCCGUGGGAAUGGGAAAGUAUAAAUAGCGAUCGGUUAGUCUGGUUAAACCAUUACACAUCGUGGAUCGGUGGCGGCAGGACUGUCAUUUUGAGGCUCAUUUCUCCUCAGCUCGAGGGAGCUCCACCCCCCGGACCCCCCUUCCGGGGCCCCCCAACCUACGCUCCAUGCUUAGGGUCCCCAAACCCCUAAAACGGCUCUGGUUUCAAUUUCGGUUUGUUUAAAAAUUAAUCUGUCACUUCAGACAAAUUAUUGACUUUCUCAUUCACAUUUCAUUGAUAAUAGAGCUUGGUGUUUAUCACAUAAUAUACUUUAUCUAUCUGAAUGAAUUUAAAACUUAAUUUAUAAACACUGGCAAGUUCUAGCGUUAAAUGACCUGAUUGUAGUUAUUCAUAAACACUGGGACUGGCAAAUUCUAGCGUAGAAUAUCCUAGUUAUGGUUAUAAGAAUUAUUCAGAUUUAAAUCCUCCAAAUAUGGCCAGUUAGAAAUGAAUAUAACUCGUUGUUGGGGUCGUUGAUCAGCUUAACAAAAUGGCAACAUCUCAAUAACCUAUGAAAUGUGCGUAUUGAAACUCCACCUAAGAAAAUGAGAUAAAAACGAAAUAAGCAGAUUUAAAACAAUGACCACAGAUUUUAAAUGGUCAUUGAAUUUCAAUACGUGACAUAAUUAAAAAUCGCCACGUCCUACUCAAAAGUGACAUAACUUUUUUGUUCAUGGGAGGUCACUAUUAGCGGUAUUUUGUUGUACAGCUCUCAAUUUUGUUCAAGGAUACACCAUUUUAAUGAAAAAAUUUAAAAAAUGAGAGCAAAUCCGAAAUUACAUGUGGCAGCCAUGAUCAGUGGUAUAGCUAUUGUUAGUCCAGCCCGGAAAAGGGGGGGGGGCGAAGAUCUUUGUCGCCCCCUUUCCACGUUAAAACUCUGCAGUUGGCCGAAAAUGCCACCCCUCCAGAUAAAGAGAAAUGUUAGGUCCAGACCGCCCCCACCCCCACUCUUCCUACGCCAAUUCAGUGUGAUAAGAAGUUGGUUCAAAGUUAAUGUGAUCUUGUAGUCUCUGCAAGUGAGAUCACGGGUUUUAUACAGCUUAUCAGGCCUAUUGAACAUGCCGUUUUGUGUUCUUGGGAGUGACCUGCUCACAUCUCUAUCACCAGAUUAGAGAGAUAUUGAUCUAGUUUCCACAUCUCUAUCACCAGAUUAAAGAGAUAUUGAUCUAGUUUUCACAUCUCUACCACCAGAUUAGAGAGAUAUUGAUCUAGUUUCCACAUCUCUAUCACCAGAUUAAAGAGAUAUUGAUCUAGUUUUCACAUCUCUACCACGAGAUUAGAGAGAUAUUUAUCUAGUUUCCACAUCUCUAUCACCAGAUUAAAGAGAUAUUGAUCUAGUUUUCACAUCUCUACCACGAGAUUAGAGAGAUAUUUAUCUAGUUUCCACAUCUCUAUCACCAGAUUAGAGAGAUAUUGAUCUAGUUACCACAUCUCUAUCACCAGAUUAAAGAGAUAUUGAUCUAGUUUUCACAUCUCUACCACCAGAUUAGAGAGAUAUUGAUCUAGUUUCCACAUCUCUAUCACCAGAUUAAAGAGAUAUUGAUCUAGUUUUCACAUCUCUACCACGAGAUUAGAGAGAUAUUUAUCUAGUUUCCACAUCUCUAUCACCAGAUUAGAGAGAUAUUGAUCUAGUUACCACAUCUCUAUCACCAGAUUAAAGAGAUAUUGAUCUAGUUUUCACAUCUCUACCACGAGAUUAGAGAGAUAUUUAUCUAGUUUCCACAUCUCUACCACCAGAUUAGAGAGAUAUUGAUCUAGUUUCCACAUCUCUAUCACCAGAUUAAAGAGAUAUUGAUCUAGUUUUCACAUCUCUACCACCAGAUUAGAGAGAUAUUGAUCUAGUUUCCACAUCUCUAUCACCAGAUUAAAGAGAUAUUGAUCUAGUUUUCACAUCUCUACCACCAGAUUAGAGAGAUAUUGAUCUAGUUUCCACAUCUCUAUCACCAGAUUAAAGAGAUAUUGAUCUAGUUUUCACAUCUCUACCACCAGAUUAGAGAGAUAUUUAUCUAGUUUCCACAUCUCUAUCACCAGAUUAAAGAGAUAUUGAUCUAGUUUUCACAUCUCUACCAGGAGAUUAGAGAGAUAUUUAUCUAGUUUCCACAUCUCUAUCACCAGAUUAAAGAGAUAUUGAUCUAGUUUUCACAUCUCUACCACCAGAUUAGAGAGAUAUUGAUCUAGUUUCCACAUCUCUAUCACCAGAUUAAAGAGAUAUUGAUCUAGUUUUCACAUCUCUACCACGAGAUUAGAGAGAUAUUUAUCUAGUUUCCACAUCUCUAUCACCAGAUUAAAGAGAUAUUGAUCUAGUUUUCACAUCUCUACCACGAGAUUAGAGAGAUAUUUAUCUAGUUUCCACAUCUCUAUCACCAGAUUAAAGAGAUAUUGAUCUAGUUUUCACAUCUCUACCACGAGAUUAGAGAGAUAUUUAUCUAGUUUCCACAUCUCUAUCACCAGAUUAAAGAGAUAUUGAUCUAGUUUUCACAUCUCUACCACGAGAUUAGAGAGAUAUUGAUCUAGUUUCCACAUCUCUAUCACCAGAUUAAAGAGAUAUUGAUCUAGUUUUCACAUCUCUACCACGAGAUUAGAGAGAUAUUUAUCUAGUUUCCACAUCUCUAUCACCAGAUUAAAGAGAUAUUGAUCUAGUUUUCACAUCUCUACCACCAGAUUAGAGAGAUAUUGAUCUAGUUUCCACAUCUCUAUCACCAGAUUAAAGAGAUAUUGAUCUAGUUUUCACAUCUCUACCACGAGAUUAGAGAGAUAUUUAUCUAGUUUCCACAUCUCUAUCACCAGAUUAAAGAGAUAUUGAUCUAGUUUUCACAUCUCUACCACCAGAUUAGAGAGAUAUUGAUCUAGUUUCCACAUCUCUAUCACCAGAUUAAAGAGAUAUUGAUCUAGUUUUCACAUCUCUACCACGAGAUUAGAGAGAUAUUUAUCUAGUUUCCACAUCUCUAUCACCAGAUUAAAGAGAUAUUGAUCUAGUUUUCACAUCUCUACCACCAGAUUAGAGAGAUAUUGAUCUAGUUUCCACAUCUCUAUCACCAGAUUAAAGAGAUAUUGAUCUAGUUUUCACAUCUCUACCACGAGAUUAGAGAGAUAUUUAUCUAGUUUCCACAUCUCUAUCACCAGAUUAAAGAGAUAUUGAUCUAGUUUUCACAUCUCUACCACCAGAUUAGAGAGAUAUUGAUCUAGUUUCCACAUCUCUAUCACCAGAUUAAAGAGAUAUUGAUCUAGUUUUCACAUCUCUACCACGAGAUUAGAGAGAUAUUUAUCUAGUUUCCACAUCUCUAUCACCAGAUUAAAGAGAUAUUGAUCUAGUUUUCACAUCUCUACCACCAGAUUAGAGAGAUAUUGAUCUAGUUUCCACAUCUCUAUCACCAGAUUAAAGAGAUAUUGAUCUAGUUUUCACAUCUCUACCACGAGAUUAGAGAGAUAUUUAUCUAGUUUCCACAUCUCUAUCACCAGAUUAAAGAGAUAUUGAUCUAGUUUUCACAUCUCUACCACCAGAUUAGAGAGAUAUUGAUCUAGUUUCCACAUCUCUAUCACCAGAUUAGAGAGAUAUUUAUCUAGUUUCCACAUCUCUAUCACCAGAUUAAAGAGAUAUUGAUCUAGUUUCCACAUCUCUACCACGAGAUUAGAGAGAUAUUUAUCUUGUUUCCACAUCUCUACCACCAGAUUAGAGAGAUAUUGAUCUAGUUUCCACAUCUCUAUCACCAGAUUAAAGAGAUAUUGAUCUAGUUUUCACAUCUCUACCACGACAUUAGAGAGAUAUUUAUCUAGUUUCCACAUCUCUAUCACCAGAUUAAAGAGAUAUUGAUCUAGUUUUCACAUCUCUACCACGAGAUUAGAGAGAUAUUUAUCUAGUUUCCACAUCUCUAUCACCAGAUUAAAGAGAUAUUGAUCUAGUUUUCACAUCUCUACCACGAGAUUAGAGAGAUAUUUAUCUAGUUUCCACAUCUCUAUCACCAGAUUAAAGAGAUAUUGAUCUAGUUUUCACAUCUCUACCACGAGAUUAGAGAGAUAUUUAUCUAGUUUCCACAUCUCUAUCACCAGAUUAAAGAGAUAUUGAUCUAGUUUUCACAUCUCUACCACGAGAUUAGAGAGAUAUUUAUCUAGUUUCCACAUCUCUAUCACCAGAUUAAAGAGAUAUUGAUCUAGUUUUCACAUCUCUACCACGAGAUUAGAGAGAUAUUGAUCUAGUUUCCACAUCUCUAUCACCAGAUUAAAGAGAUAUUGAUCUAGUUUUCACAUCUCUACCACGAGAUUAGAGAGAUAUUUAUCUAGUUUCCACAUCUCUAUCACCAGAUUAAAGAGAUAUUGAUCUAGUUUUCACAUCUCUACCACGAGAUUAGAGAGAUAUUGAUCUAGUUUCCACAUCUCUAUCACCAGAUUAAAGAGAUAUUGAUCUAGUUUUCACAUCUCUACCACGAGAUUAGAGAGAUAUUUAUCUAGUUUCCACAUCUCUAUCACCAGAUUAAAGAGAUAUUGAUCUAGUUUUCACAUCUCUACCACGAGAUUAGAGAGAUAUUGAUCUAGUUUCCACAUCUCUAUCACCAGAUUAAAGAGAUAUUGAUCUAGUUUUCACAUCUCUACCACGAGAUUAGAGAGAUAUUUAUCUAGUUUCCACAUCUCUAUCACCAGAUUAAAGAGAUAUUGAUCUAGUUUUCACAUCUCUACCACGAGAUUAGAGAGAUAUUGAUCUAGUUUCCACAUCUCUAUCACCAGAUUAAAGAGAUAUUGAUCUAGUUUUCACAUCUCUACCACGAGAUUAGAGAGAUAUUUAUCUAGUUUCCACAUCUCUAUCACCAGAUUAAAGAGAUAUUGAUCUAGUUUUCACAUCUCUACCACGAGAUUAGAGAGAUAUUGAUCUAGUUUCCACAUCUCUAUCACCAGAUUAAAGAGAUAUUGAUCUAGUUUUCACAUCUCUACCACGAGAUUAGAGAGAUAUUUAUCUAGUUUCCACAUCUCUAUCACCAGAUUAAAGAGAUAUUGAUCUAGUUUUCACAUCUCUACCACGAGAUUAGAGAGAUAUUGAUCUAGUUUCCACAUCUCUAUCACCAGAUUAAAGAGAUAUUGAUCUAGUUUUCACAUCUCUACCACGAGAUUAGAGAGAUAUUUAUCUAGUUUCCACAUCUCUAUCACCAGAUUAAAGAGAUAUUGAUCUAGUUUUCACAUCUCUACCACGAGAUUAGAGAGAUAUUGAUCUAGUUUCCACAUCUCUAUCACCAGAUUAAAGAGAUAUUGAUCUAGUUUUCACAUCUCUACCACGAGAUUAGAGAGAUAUUUAUCUAGUUUCCACAUCUCUAUCACCAGAUUAAAGAGAUAUUGAUCUAGUUUUCACAUCUCUACCACCAGAUUAGAGAGAUAUUGAUCUAGUUUCCACAUCUCUAUCACCAGAUUAAAGAGAUAUUGAUCUAGUUUUCACAUCUCUACCACGAGAUUAGAGAGAUAUUUAUCUAGUUUCCACAUCUCUAACACCAGAUGAGAGAGAAAUUGAUCUAAGUUUUCACUAUUGGUUUCAGCUGAUUUGGUUUAGACGCUCCUCACAUUUUAGCAAACUGCCCAUUCAUAAAAUGAUAUUUCCUUUAAAGUCACAUCCUUUAGACCAGUUGUCACUAAACUGUUUUCACAGUGGGCCUGAUAGCUGACAAAAUAACGAGCGCCGGCCGUAUAAUCAUUCUGUACAAUACUUGCACGCCAGAACGAAAGCUCCGGGGGAAAAGAUGAACAACUAAGUUUAGUGUUCCAUGUUAAACAUGGGUGAGUGCCGUGAAAUGCACAAAAAAAAACAACAAAAAAAAAAACAACAACAACCAAAGACAACCAACAGAUUUAUGUACUAAAAUGUUAUCAGUGAAGGCGACGUUAGCAAAAAGAUAGCUACAUCAGAGCUAGUGCGCACAUAUUCAUCUCACAAACUAUAAGCAGCAAAAAAAAAAAAGGUACUGAGAUUUAUAAAACUGGCCUUUUGUCUUCAAGAUAUCAUCCAUGUUUUAAAAAAAAAAAAAAAAAAAAAAAACAACAACAACCAAAGACAACAAACAGAUUUAUGUACUAAAAUGUUAUCAGUGAAGGCGACGUUAGCAAAAAGAUAGCUACAUCAGAGCUAGUGCGCACAUAUUCAUCUCACAAACUAUAAGCAGCAAAAAAAAAAAAAAAGGUACUGAGAUUUAUAAAACUGGCCUUUUGUCUUCAAGAUAUCAUCCAUGUUUGAUUUGGAUUUAUGCAUCCAGUCCAAAGAAUUGCUUUGAAUGUUCAUCAGUCAAUUUCGUUCGAUGAACAUUUCAAAGCAAUGCUCUAGACUUGAUGCAGAAAUCGAAACCAAACAUUGAUGAUAUCACGUACCUCCGCCGGCGGGCAUGAUGAACUGACGGCACGGAUUGUAGUUUGGUGACCCCCUGUUAUAGAGAGGACAUUCAUAAGGAACUCUGACUAAUUAAGAAGUUGUCUAUCAAUGCCAAAAAGCCUAGUAUUUAUUGUAAGUUCAUAUUGAGCUCAGUAUUCAAUGCGUAGGAGUUCAUGCACAUUUAUUGUUUUAAAAGCUGGUACCGGUAUGCGAAGAAAACAAAUUUAUUACAGUGCAUGACAGCUACAUUAAACUUAUUAUAGUGCUUCUAUGUGUAAAGGAUCUCUGAAUUUUAACAUUCACUUCAGUUUUAGACAAUGGCCUAUAUUACAAGCCUUGAACAUUUCCUCUAUUUCAGAAACAGAACAAAUAUAUUCUGAACAGCUGUUAAUCUUUCAUGGAAACAUAACUGAAGAUUUAAAUAUAGAUUUUGAUCAAGUGUUAAAUCACAAACAAGAUGAAAAGAUCCACAUUAUUCUUGUUGUUGACAAGAGUGGUUCCAUGUCAGGGAACCCCUUCAAUCAGGUCAGUCUUAGAUUUUAAUGGCAGGUGGAUGUAACCAGUGGCAAAGCUAGAGUAAGUGCCGCAGGGGUGGGACAAGAUUUCUGUUUCCAAAAAAAAAAACCCCAAAACUUUGCAGUUGGCCAAAAAAAGCCACCCUUCAAAAUAAAGAAAAAUUAAGUUAGGUGAUUUUUUUGUAUUGUGAACCAUAAAAAUAUUCAUACAUGCACUUAAGCAGAAAAACAACAUUUAACAACUAGACAACAAACACACCCUCCUCCCAAAAACAGAACAAAAAAUAACACAAGGAAAAACAUAGCAAUUCUGCUUUGAAAUCAAUCAUUAUCACUAUUACUAAUAUAUUAUGUUUUCUCAAACAUUUAUAGGUGAAAAAUGCGUUAGAGGAGAUAGUGAGUCAGUGUUUGAACGAUCCUUACAAAGUCAUAGACAUUAUUUUGUAUGCGGAGAAAGCAGAAACUAUUUCUUUUACACCAUCAAAUUACAAGGAAACAAUAUCUAACCUUAAAGCUGAUGGCUCAACCAACUUUAAAGCUGCAUUUGAUGAAGCUGAUGCUUCUAUUGGUAAACGAAGGAGUAAGUAAACAUUUUAAUGAAAUAGGGCUUACAUAUAUCAGCAUGACAUUCAAGUUAGUUCAUCUUUUAAAUUUUAUUAUAUAGAUAUAUAUACAUAUAUAUAUAUAUAUAUAUAUAUAUAUAUAUAUAUAUAUAAAACAUAAUAAUUUAAAAAAAUCAAUUUUUUUUAAAAAUAAAAUAAUCUGAUGUUUCUAUUGGUAAACGAAGGAGUAAGUAAACAUUUUAAUGAAAUAGGGCUUACAUAUAUCAGCAUGACAUUCAAGUUAGUUCAUCUUUUAUAUUUUAUUAUAUAGAUAUAUAUACAUAUAUAUAUAUAUAUAUAUAUAUAUAUAUAUAUAUAUAUAAAACAUGGUAAUUUAAAAGCAUCAAUUUCUUGUCAAAAUGAAAUAAUAACUAAUCUUAUACAUAAUACUAAAAAAAUUAUUUCUGAAAAUAUUUAAAUAUUUAAAUUUUUUUUUUUUCUUUGCAGAUGAUGGAUUUGGUUCAACAGUGAUAUUAUUUAUGACAGAUGGUGUAGACACUGUCUCAAACCAAAGCAAAGCUAAUGAGUAUGCUAAGAAAUGGGCGAAAUCUUUGAAAAGCCUAACACAUCAAGUUACAGUUCAUGCUGUGGGAUUUUCCACAGGUUUAUAUCAAUUCAAGAUUUUGAUGCUAAAGGCAAAAUUUGUAAAAUAAUUUCAAAAACAACAACAACCAGAUUUUAAUCACUUACCAUUUAUCUUUUACUAGGUUCUUGGGAAUAGAAAUAAAAGAUAGAAAUAAAUAGUAUCCUUUCUUAUAAAUAUCAUAUAUGAGAUAUUUCAGAACUCAAUUUUUUUAGAUUCGCUCUAUACACAAUUUUAAAAGUGUUAAACUUUCUGUUUCCCUGUUUCCCAAAGAUCAUGACCUGCAUUUCUUGACCAAAAUCUCCAAUGCUGGCUCCGUACAAGGUCUUUACAGAUACUGUGAGCCAGCAGAUGGGCCAGAGGCUUUGAGAGAGAAACUUGAAGAACUAUUUGAUUAUGUCAGUAUUAGGUUAGUUUUAAAAAUAUUGUGAUGAUGAUUGCAUUUGAGAGAAAUUAUUAAAAAAAAUGUUUCAAUAUUAAAUUCAUUUAACUCUGGUUGAAUGUCUAGCGGGAUAUAACUAUUAUCAUUUAGAAUUAGUUUAUAAGGGUUUAUUCUGGUCACUCCAUAUACUAUAUAUAUUGCUUUUCUUUGCAGCACUUUGUUGUAUUGUACCACAUUUUUUUGUAAGAUUUAUAAAAAUAGUUAUUAAAAAAAAAUUUUUUUUGUUAAAAAUAAAAAAUAAUAAUCAUAAACUAAAAAAAAACCAUUAACAAAUUAAAAAUAAAUAGCAUUGGGUUCAUAUAUUUUUUACUUCUUUGUCUCAAGUAAGGAUUACUUAAACCUAAUAGAACAACAACAUGCAAUUAUUUUAAAUCACUUUUCUGAAAAUUAAUUAGUGAAAUUUGAUGGGUUUUUUAAUGUAAUUAAACAAUUAGAUUAACAAAACACAUUUUUAUUACAAUUAUAAUUUUUUUUUUUUGACAGUGGAGGUAAGCCUAUCAAAAUUGAAGUGAAUCUAAUGAACCCCAAAGAUUCUCUUAUUAAUUUGGGAGGCCAUUCAGGAACAAUAGAAGGCUGUAUCAGCUUUAUAGAGCAGGAAGAUAGCACAUCAGGUAUAUUAACACUUAUACAAUGAAAAAACUUUGAAACACAAUAUGGAGUAGGCUACUUAUUUUGCAAUCCAUUUACUAAGAAAAAAUUCAGUGGAAAACUCCUUAGCUUAGCUAGUUUAGAGUUUUCCUGCUAUUUAUGAUAUUUUAGGAAUACACUAUUUUAAGUAUUUCAUUGGCAUAAAUUAUGUUUCUCACAACAGAACUCAUUGCUGCUGGUGAAUGUUGGGUUUGUAUAAAUGAUUCCAACAUCUUGCCUCAGAUUUCUCUUGGUAUUUUGCUUGUUGUCACUAAGGUAUGAAAAUUCAACUGUUUUAAUAUAAAUAUUAAAUAUUAAAAAGUGAACAUUGUAAAAAUAUAAAUUAAAUACCACGUAAUUGGAAAUGAUAACUGUUUUUAAAUAGACAUUUUGCUUUUUAAUUUAAUAGACUUUAUUCUAUUUUUCCUAGAAUAAAAUAAAGUUCACUUUACAAAUACCCUGUCAAGUCAGAAAGAUGAAUUAUGAUGUAAUAACAGAUGUUGGUCAGUUAGCAUUAUGGGAACUUUCCAUAAUGUCAAGAAAUAGUGACAUAUUGACAACAGAGUUUGUUGCAGCAAUAACUGCUGGUAAUGGUAUGUAUACAUUUAUUUUAAAAAAGCAUUCAUUAUAUGGCUAGAUUAUUGUGUUUGAAAAAAAAAAAAAUUAUAAAUAAUUUUGGUUCUUAUUUCAUGUCAACUUUGAGAAUGCCAAAAUGAAGAGUAAUUAAAACCAUUAUUCUUUUUAAGUGCAGUGGCUAAAUGAUUAUUCUAUGAGUAGCUCAAAAGCCAGUAGAACCAUUUCAAUUAAUUGAUAGCUUCAAGAAUAUCUUUAUAUUUUUCAUUACGUUUUUUAGAUGUCGUAAAGUUGAAAAGUAAUCUUGAUGACCUGCAGUCAAAAAUCUCCAGUGUAGCGAUUUUCAAGGCAGGUUAUAACAAAGACACCAGGGCAAAAAUUAUGGAUCACAUUAGAGAAAUUCAGGGCAAGGUAAAUUGUCGACAAAAACCAUUAAAAAUAUUUUAAUAGAAUUCUAAAAUAAUUUAACAUUAAUAUAUACAUAGUACAAGGUUAUCUUUAAUUGUGUUAGUAAAUUAUUUUUAUUUCAGUUUUAAGCCUGAAUAUGUAUCAUAUCAACUGUUUAAAAAAUAAAAUAUUUAUCAUCUACAGGUAAACAAACUAUAUGCUAUGUUGGCUCAGUAUAUCAGAGGAGAAACCCAAAGUGUUUCUUUGCUGGCACGGGCCCAUGACUUGAAAUAUGAAGUACAGGUAAAUAUGAUGCACAUCAUGUGUGUCAACUUGAUGGAAUUUAUAUAUGAUUUAAUUCUCUAACUUAAAGUGGCCAAAUAUAAUAAGUCUAUCUGUUGAUCCAGCAUAUUCGAGGCUUUGAAUUUCAUUAAAAAUGAUAAAUAAAAGCAUUUCUUAAUUAUUUAUUUAAUUCAAAUAUUUUCAGUUCAGCAAAUCAAGGCGUCAGAGGUUAAUGGACAGGAGAGCUGCAAACAACUUUAAUAAGAUAAAAUCAGAUUCCCAGAAAGCCAUAGUUGGAACAGAGGCCGCACUAGGUCAACUGUCAGAGGACGCCUUAGGAUUUUAUCACUGCAUUUUAUCAAUGUCUAAUGUCAAAGAUAUUUUAUUGGACUGUAAUGAUUUAGAAAAUGCCAUGGGUAUUGGUCUUGCUGUGACUAGACCUGAAUUUGCUUUGGAUGACCCUACUUCAGUGAGUCAAAUAAAUGUGUUUCAAAUUCAAUUUUCAUUAUGAUUAAAUGAUAGAGUGGAGAAAAGAAGAAAGACUAAACAUAUUUAAAUACAUAGGCAACAGUACUUACUAUGAAAAAGUCAGUUAGUUGCAUAUUUAGACAUGUAUAUUUUCAGUGUAAAAAGCAAGUUAUAAACUAAAUAAUGAACAGGCAAUCUAAUAAAUUAAAAUUUUUAAUGCGUCUUUAAAAAAAGAAUAUUAUCCUUUAUUUAAUAGAUUCGUAUACACAGCAUAAGUGGAAAUCUAGUUAGCAGAUCUUCAGUGAUGGAUGCAUUGGAGUUUAAAAUUAACCUUGACAGCCACCUUUCAGCACAUGGAGGAUUCUCUUUUUGCAGUGGGUUUGAACUUGAACUACCAUUUGCCACUUUUGGUGCUAGUAGGGAACCAAUCAAUGCCUGGUUGCCAUUGUACAUUUGUCCUGCUCACUGGGAAAGAGUAAAGGUAAACUGCUCAAUAAAAUGUUUGAGCUAUUCAAAUAAUUAAUGAAGUUCUUAUAUGUUUUAAAAGCUAGGUUUUUUGGUAUCCAUUGGUCACAUUCUGAUGUAACCUUAGCAGGACAAAAUCACAAAAUCUGGGAUUUUUCUUUGGGAGUAUAAGCUGGUUCCCUACAUGGAAUUAACAUUGUGUCAAAGUCAUACCACCUACUACAUCACCUGGUUUGAUGUUUUUACUUGUCUAGGCUUUUGCUAGGGAUUGAACUCCAGUCCACAAGCUUUCGAUUGACUUAGUUUAGACAGCUCAGCCACACAGCAUGUAUUAAAAGUAAAAAUGAUAAAUAAAAUAUAAAAAAACAUUUUGAAUGGUUGAAGUUUUCAGCUGGAGUAAGGAUUGAAUUUCAAAGCAUUUAUUUUUCAAAAGAAAAGAAGAGCAUGUACUUUUGAUUAUUCAGAAUAUACAUUUUUUUAUAUUAAUCUAUGUAGACUUAGAAGUAGAAUGAAAACCUCUUUAUUUAUGGCCUUUGUGAAUUCAUAAAUUCUUUGGGAAGAGGAGAAAAUAAAAUAAAUUUAAUAUGCUUUACUAAUUAAAGUUAUGUUCAACAACCGUGGAAGAUGGUUGCAAAGGAAUAUAUUUCUCUUGCAGAGCUCUUUGCGCCCAGCGCUAGGUUAUCUUUGUACACUUGAUCCCCUAGGCUACUCAGAGAACCAGUUGAAUGUGAUGUUUAUGACAUUAGGCUGCAUGAUUGGUCAGUUGUUUGAGAGUCAGGCAGGAGAAAAUCAGCUGAAACUUAUUUUAGCUUUUCAAAGAACCUGCCAGGGUAGGCUUGAAUAUAUUAAUCUAAAUAUCUUUAAUACUUUUUUAGGAAAAUUAGAAAAAAUAAUCUCUGUAUCUGAAAAUAAAUAUGUUAGACUAAUAUAAUGCAUCAAAAACACAAAAAUUUUUUUUUUAAAAAGGAUUUAAACAUCUAGUUAUCAUGGAAAUGAUCUGUAUGUAUUAUUAAAACCUAGACACAAGGUAAUACAUUUUUGGAAAAUUUUUUGCUACACUUUCAGAUUAUAAAUAUAAUUUAUUUGUUUAUUAAUGUGCUUCUUUAACAAUAUUGUAUAGCAUUGAUGGAGGACUUUAAUCUUACCCAGAAGAUAAAAGAGAUUGUCAGCAACUUUUUGCAAAGUCCAAUGGGCAGGUUUCGGAAUGAAAUACCAAACUUGUAUACAUUGAUAGGCUACAUUGCAUCACUACCUGUAUUAGUUUCAAGAGAUCUUCUUGGAUAUACAGAUGGUAAUAAUAAAAAUUCAACUUCUUACAUGUUUCAAAAGAAUUAUAUAAUUUUUUUGUGUUUAUUAUUAGGUUGAAUUUUCUUUUUUCAUAAUUUGACUAGGACAUUUGACAAUUGUAUAAUUCUAUUUUUACUCCAGGAGAUAGAACAUAUAAUUUAAAUAAUUCAAAGUUGUGGACAGCAUUUCUUACUGAAAUCCUGAGGAGGGCAUCUGGUUUUACCUCUGAACUCCAUGGCAAUGAUAAUGUUGUAACAAGUCUUCACAAUUUGAUCUUACAUGGACAACAAACCCCAAGUAAGAGUUUUUCCUUAAAUGGCAUCUUUUUCCUUCUAAUUUGUUAAUUAUUGUAUGUUACUUUUAUUAGUGGUGCUAGAAAAGUUGACUUGAUGACUUUGCAUUAUAUAAAUUAUAGACAAUUAAUAAUGUAAUUCCUGUAUGUUGUUAAAUCAAUCCCUUAUCAAAUAUAUGUUAAGCUUGAAUAAACAGCUUUUAUUCUUGACCUUGAUGACCUACAAAUGAAAAUUAAAAAAAAUACACUUUUACUGAGACUUGGUUCAAACAAACGUACAAAAAUUUGAUAAUAUAGUUUUGACAUUGAAAUUAUUCAGUCACAGUCAGUUUAGCACCUUAUUAUAUGGGUUGUGUAGGACUUGUUUAGGUUAUUUAUUUAAUGUAAAAUUAUUGUCUCAUGAUGACAGAUGGCCACACUGUUGAAUACCAAACUAGCGAUGAGAAUACAAUAUUGCAAUUGGGAAAACUGUGUUCUUUACAAUAUGGAGAGGCAGACAAAUUAGUAAUACCAGUGUAUGACCCCAGCACAGGAGCUGCAGCCCCUGAUGUUAGAGUUAAUCAUUCAGCUAAAGUUGACAAGGCAAUGGAGCUCUGGGCACAGGCAAAAUGUGGCUUUGUCAAAGUAAGGACCAAUUAAGUUCCUUUUUUACAGCUAUAUGCAAAACAUAUGGAAAAGCUGGAUUAAAAAAAAAGAUUAAAUAAUACUAUUUUUCUGUGCUCCAGAAUAAAAAUCGCUCGGAAAAGGUUGCAGAAGCCAAAAAAGUUGUGAAAAAAUGGGUGGAUUUGGUCAAAGAAAGAACAGGACUGCCAAUAAAAUCCACCACUGAUGUUCAGAAGGGAAAUAUUUCCCUUGGGAAAGUUGUUGAAGUUCCUUCAUGUCAGGCAGGUGAGUAACUCUUAUUUGAACAUCCAGUGUUUAAAAAAUAAAAAAAUCUAUUCAAUCACCAGUUAAUUCUUUGAAUAACCUUUCAAAAGUAUUGUCUAUUUUUUAGUUUUGGUAAUGAAAAAAAAAUUUUUUUUCCACUUACAUUACUUACAUUUCUCUUAUAAUAAUUACAUUACUAACAUUUCUCUUACAAUAAUUACAUUACUUAUAUUAAUUUAUUUUUCAUGACACAAAAAACUUCAAAAAGUUUAAUUUUUUUUUAUUUAACACAAAGCUUAUGUUAGUGUUUCUAACUUACUUUAAACAAAUUAUAAAAAAAUAGGCUUAACACAAAAGGAAACUCGUCUGUCCACACAUUUUGACACCACUGCUGUGAACUCUUCCAUUCUAUCAGUCAUUGCUAAGGUAAAUGAUCUUUUUGAAUUAAUUACUUUCAAAGAAGGGUUUUUGUCUUAUAUGUUUCAAUUAUAUGUGCAUCAUCAUUGUUAAGAAAGUUAAGUCUCUUUAUGAGCUCUUUGCAGUAAAUCCUUACUGUCUCAUCAGAAACUUUAUUAAUAAAUGCUCCAAAAACAAAAAAAUCUUAAUUUGCAGCAGUUGGAACAUAAUCAAUUAUUAUAUUAUAAAAAAAGUAUAUCAACAAGGUAUUGAUUCCAUGGCUUGAUAAAUAAAAUAAAUAUAAUUUGAGAGGUCAAAUAAUUUAUCUUUGUUUCCUCAGCUGCUGCACCAAAUAGGCCAACAUUGUUAUCCUCACAUUUCACACAUUCCUGGAUUCUUUGGCUUCCUUCAAUACUGGGUCACUCAUGACCACACCCAGGAAGAGAUUGCUACCAAUGGAGGAUUACCUCCUGAUCACUGGAUACAAGGAGUCAAAAGUUCAAUGUCUGAUUUUGUUAGCAAAAUAAAAGGUAUCAUUAGCUUGGAUAAAGUCAUGUAGUAAAUUAUCUGAAGUAAAGAAAAAAAUAAAUAAUAAAAAUCAGAGGUCAUACACGUCAGUUGAUUAUCAAUUCAACAACUUAAUAAUGCUUAGUUGAUAAUAUUGGUAUUUACAUUUUCAUGGUAAGCUUUAAAUAUAUUUAUUUGAAUUCAGUUUUUAAACAAUCAUCUCUUACACUGAUGUAUUCUCAAUCCUUGUUACAGCUUUCCAACAAAGAUGUGAAGAUGCCGGAUCAAUUGAAGAAACAGGCACCACCAACUCAGCAGAAGAAAACAAUGAUGACCCAGGCAGACCCAGGGGGGAAGGUUACCUGCCCAUGAAAGAUGAACAAGAACAAUUUUCUGAAGCAGAAAGUCAAAGUAAUUCCCGAAAGCAUCAAACUCAGCAAAUCUUUACAAUACCAAGUUUAAUGAGUGCAUUGGCCAUCCCUGGCAAUCACAUAGAGGUAAUCAUAUAGAGCAGGGUCGGGGUAAAUUACCUUUGUGAAAAGACAUUUUUUUGUGCCAGCAUUGCUUCUGGCCACUGUGAUAGAGAAACACACCCAAUAUGUUGUGUGUACUAAUGGCUCCUUGGUUUGCAUGACUGCACUGCUUGUCUUGUACAUGUCAUUUUGGACUAGUCUCCUAUUUUUUCUUAUAAUCAUUGAUUUCACUAGGGUUGGUGUCACCCAGUGUGGCAAAAACAUAUUGUCAAAGUCAACCUUAUGGACCUUCUCUGAGUCUGACCGCUCUGUUGGUACCCAUCUCUUAUGGCAUUCUGCUCCGGUGGUACCCUACCCUGGAGUCACCCUACCCUGGUGGCACCCUACCCUGGUGGCACUCUACCCUGGUGGCACCCUGUUCAUACAAGUUACAUAGAUUAAAAUUUGUUAUGAAACAAACUUGCUUGAAUUCUGUCAAUUUAACUAUUUUCCAUUUCGCGUCAAUGCCCUGUGUGGGUGGGACCCGGCGCAGUCAGCAACCACAGCACCACCCUAAGAACGCUACUGCUUAUGGUCAAAACAUCAAGAUCUGCAAAGGUUUUCAAAGUUGAUCACGAGGAGGCUGUCAAAAUAUUGCUGCCUUUUGCAACAACCUACUUUUGCGAACAAGGAUUUUCCACUGUCAUAAACUUAAAAACAAAGCAUAUCAAUCAAUUAUUCAAUCGCCAGACAAUAUCCAAAUUGUCCUGAUAACAAAAACCCCCAAUUUUUAUGUUAUGAUAUUUAAAAAAAAUGAAAAAUUGUUCUCCAAAGAUAUCCUUUUGUUCCAUAAUGAGGAUUCUAUUAAUUUGUAUUCUCCAUGUAAAUAGAUUCAAUAAACCAUUUUGAAUUUAAAUAGUCCAUGAUUGUCUUCCUUUCAAAUCAGGGAAAAAGGAGGAAAAUAUUUUCAGGUAAAGGCUAAAAAGUUCCCUGACCCCUGAUUUAGAGGUUAUCAUAUAGAGGUAAAUUUAAUUUAUCUGAAGGAAGAAAUCUAAUUCAAAUAGCAAAACGGGAAAAUUAUACAAAUGGUUUCAAACGUUACAAAUGGAUCGGUUGCUUUGAGCAUAUUAAGCAGGAGAUUCAUCCUGUCUGUAAAACUUAGUAUGACUAUUUUAUUUGAAAUUAAUUUGCUGAAGAAAUAACUAUUUGAGUAGCUAAGUUUAUUAUUGCGAUGUUAAACUUGUCAUUGCUUGAAGUUGGGGAAAAUAAAGGACGUUUAAAUAUUUGUUUACACUUUAUUAUUUUAUUUUGAAACAUAUGUUUCAAUCUACACAUUUUAUAGCUACUGCGAGCAAUGUUGUGUCAGGCUGUGUCAUAUUCAAGCAACAGUCAAGCAAGGGAGGCUACUCUUUCAGGAGAACUUUUGGACUUGACAUGCACCGGUUAGUGGAUUAUUUAGUGGAUAAAAAAUUAGUCUAAAAUGACAUGUCUAAAUAAAAUAUAAGUUCUUACCAAAGUUUUAGAUUUAGAUGCUUAAAGAUAGCAGUUAUGAACGUAUAAUGAAGGGCUAUAUUGGCUACAAUAAUAUUCUAGAAGCAAUGCAGUAUAUCUUGAAAAGGGUACAUAUUUCUGCAGGGAACAGUUACAACUAUCUGUGCCAAAUCAAAGCCAAUCUUGAUGAAAGAAAGGAAGCUGUCAUCAAAAAGAUGAUAGAAAAAGCAGCUUGGGAAAUAGGAAACCUCAGCAUGCUCAAAGCAGAGACACUAUGGGCAUUUAUUGGUGAGAAUAGUCAAUUAUGGUCACUUCUGGUGAGAAUAGAGAUGCUUUGGACAUGUAUGGGUGAGAUUAGAGAACAUUUUGUCAGUAAAAACACCAGGAUAAUACAAUACUACAGCAUUUUAUCAACCUUAAUUAAAUAUAAGCUACUUGAUAUUUUUUUGUAAAUGCCAGUUAAAAAUAUAUAUCUACAAUAAUUUUUGUUUUGUUCAUUGUAUAAAUGCCUAUCAAUAUAAAUAUACUUCUGUUCUUAUUCACGUGACAGGCUACCUACUGAUAACACACAAAGAAAGAGGGGAGGGCUUCAGUCAACUGAUCAAUUUUAUUCUGGAAUGUCCUGGCGUGCUUGGCUUUCCUCUUUUGGCAGAAAAAAUUCAGAUCCUUUUACUUGGCAAAUACCAAGGAUGUGUUGUCUUUGCUAAAGGAAAUACUUUCCUUCCUGACAAAAAACUCUCUUCAUGUUUGGAGAAGGUCCUGGGCGAGGAGGUAACAUACUGAUCUGUUUGGCAGUAAGGGACUGUAUUGUGUGUAAAUACUUCUAUUGGGGUGAUACAUGCUGAUCUAUGAAUUGAGGAUAUGUGAAAGAACUAUUUCAUUGUAGAAAUACAUUUCAGUGAAAUGACUUUUGCCUAAUUUACAGUGAUCACCAUACAUGCAUACUUUUCUACAGGUUUAUACAAUAUUUUAAAAUUUCUAAUUGUGGCAUCAGCUCAAUUUAACUAACAGUUGUAGCAUUGCUGCUUGAACUUGAAGUUUUUGAAUGUUAGGGUCCACUGUUAAAUUUAUUUAUUUAUUUAUUUAGGCAUUUUUUAUAUAGCGCUUACCUUAAAGCUCUAAGCGCUUUACAAUUAUUAAAAACAUGUAAACUAAGUAAAAUAAAAAAUGAGACACUAGGAUAGUAACUACUAUACUAUAGAAACAAUUAAACUGGCUAUAAAACGAGGACACUUUGGCAUGUUUUGGCCUAUAAUACAGGAUCAACCCGAGACAGAAAACUUAAAUACUUUAAGUUAAAAUGGUUGUUACUGUUACAUGAAGGGACUUUUAAAAAAUUACUUAUUUAUAAGGUAUUACAGUAAGUCCUGAUGAUAUUCUCAUCUCCUCAGGUCUGGUGUAACAUAGAGAGGGAGCUUCUUUCAAACGUCCACAUACACGUUUAUAGAGAGUCAGACAAGCCCAACAGACAAGGCCACUGCAACUCUAACCCUUACGUGCCCAACAGAAUCAGACAGAUCCUGGGGAUGCCACUCAUUGAUGAGAAAAUACAACCAAGGACAAGCGUCAAGCGCCACAGGUCGCUUCAAAACAAAUAACUUAAGCUUGCCUUAAGAUGAUGAUGUUAAUGUUGUUUUGAGUUCUCUGGAGUAUUUUAUGAGUUUCUGUUACUAGCUGAUUCAUUAGAAUUCAAUGAGAUAAUUGUGUACACAUGACAAAAGUGAAUGAGUUGAUCGAUUCAUUAACGGCUCUUGAUAUUUUUGUUACCCUCAUGAGUCCCGAACACUUUUAAAUUAUUUACAUCACGGGAGAAAAGUAUAAUAGUAUUAAUAGUCUAAUUUUAGUUAAAUAACAAUCUUCAUAUUUUUUGAAAAAUCAGAUCCCAAUCUAAAAUGAUUUCAUCAUUGCCUCUCUCUCUUAUUUGCCACAAUUAAAAUUCCAUGAAAUCUCUACCUUAUGAUUAAUUUAAAAAAUAUUUUAGCAUAUUGAGCCAACAUUUUAAAACAAAUACUUUUUAGAACACUCAUACCUGACAAGGUAACUUUAUUUGAAGUGAAAUAUAUUUUAUAUUUAUUUAUUUAGGCAUUUUUUUAUAUAGAGCUUACCUUAAAGCUCUAAGCGCUUUACAAUUAUUAAAAACAUGUAAACUAAGUAAAAUAAAAAUGAGACACUAGGAUAGUAACUACUAUACUAUAGAAACAAUUAAACUGGCUAUAAAACGAGGACACUUUGGCACGUUUUGGCCUAUGCUAUUUAUGGUAUACCAUUUGAUUUCCUUCUCAUGAUCUCUCUUAACAUUAUUAAAGAUAAUUUUAAAUUUAAACAAAUGUGUCUGUACCAUAUACACACCAUUUACUGUAACAUAUACUGUGCCAUGUACCGUACCAUAUACACACCAUAUUCUGUACCAUAUAGUGUGCCAUGUACUGUACCAUGUGUGUAAAAUAUUUAUGUAAAAUCAAACUGGACGUGCACUUAGAAGAUUCUAUAGAUAUAACUCUGUGCAGACUUUAAAGUGUGUCAAACAAACACUUAAAUGGUGUGUGUGUCUUUCAAGAUCCAAUGUGUACUUUUGAUAAUAAAAUUAAUUUAAAACAUGAUUUUAUGAUUGUCAUACAUUGUCAAUAAACUCUUGC